UGAUUGCUGUCUGGACCAAGAACGAACUCCACACACGAACACAGCUAGCUAGGAUGGAGGCAAAGGAGUUGUUUUUCAGCUAUAUACGGCUAUACUGCAGAUUUGGAUAAAAAGCUCAUUUUCCCCUAUGGUGUUGGAGGAGGUAGAUUUUGAUGCCAGCGAGUCUGGUCAUGGUGUAAAAUUUACUGCGAGUGGAGUAAACUGGACUAUGUGUCGAUUGGGUAAAGAUGACUACAGCCGCUCUAUUUCAAACUCAUUUCUGCCAUGAAAGACGUGUGUGUGAUGCUACCUAGUUCAAUUAUUAUGCUAAAAUGUACUGUUUACAGUUUG